AUGGAGGAGGAGAUGCAGCCGGCGGAGGAGGGGCCCAGCACCCCCAAAAUCUACAAGCAGCGGGGUCCCUACAGCGUUCUGAAGACCUUCCCCGGGAAGCGGGCGGCGCUGGCCAAGCGCUAUGAGAGACCCACCAUGGUGGAGGUGCCCCGCGGGCGCGGAGCGGGGCAGCCCUUCCCGCACGCCGCCGAGCCGCUGCCCUACGCUCCGCACGGCCCCUUCCCCAACGGGCCCGCCCGCCCCGGCGCUGCCCCCGGCGCUGCCCAGGGCCACUCCCGGCCGCCGCCGCCGGCCCCGAGCUCCUCGGGCCGCUACGGCCCUUGCCCGGCCGUGGCGGGGGGCGGCGGCGCGGAGCUGAGCGCAGAGAGUCGAAUGAUUCUGGAUGCCUUUGCUCAACAAUGCAGCCGGGUUCUAAGUCUCUUAAAUUGUGGUGGAAAACUACUGGACAACAAUCACUCUCAGUCUAUGAUUUCUUGUAUAAAGCAGGAAAACCCAAAUUAUAGUGAAAGACAAGAGCAAUGUCAGCUCGGGAAAAUGGUCCAUAGUCAGACAUCAGACAUUUUAGACAUAGAGAUGCAGUAUAUGCAAAAGAAACAACAAACCUCAGCCUUUCUGAGAGUUUUUACUGAUUCCCUUCAGAACUAUUUGCUUUCUGGGAGCUUCCCUUCUCAAAACACCUCAUCAAUAAAUGAUUUUAGCCAUUUGGCAGAUGUGGAUCCACUUUCAGCCUCUCCAGUACACACUUUAGGUGGAUGGACAUCUCCAGCAACAUCGGAAUCUCAUGGUCAUCCAUCAUCUUCUACACUUCCAGAGGAGGAAGAGGAGGAAGAGGAAGAAGGUUACUGCCCUCGGUGUCAAGAGCUGGAGCAGGAGGUAAUUUCAUUGCAACAAGAAAAUGAAGAGCUUCGUAGAAAGUUGGAGAGCAUUCCAGUGCCCUGCCAGACGGUUUUAGAUUAUUUGAAGACUGUACUUCAGCAUCACAACCAGCUUAUGGUACCACAGCCAACAGACCAUCCAACCGAGGGGAGUAAGCAGUUGCUGAACAACUACCCUGUCUACAUCACUAGUAAACAGUGGGAUGAGGCUGUAAAUUCUUCCAAGAAAGAUGGACGACGGCUCCUUCGCUAUCUCAUCAGAUUUGUUUUCACAACCGAUGAGCUUAAGUACUCAUGCGGCCUUGGAAAAAGGAAAAGGUCAGUGCAGUCAGGAGAGACAGGUCCUGAAAGACGUCCUCUGGAUCCAGUUAAAGUAACAUGUCUCAGAGAGUUCAUUAGGAUGCACUGCACCUCCAACCCAGACUGGUGGAUGCCAUCUGAGGAGCAGAUAAACAAGGUGUUCAGUGACGCGGUGGGACACGCGCGCCAGGGCCGCGCCGUGGGGACUUUCCUUCACAAUGGCCACUCCUAUUACGAAGGGACUGACCACCCAGGAUCACAGGAUGAAGUCUUCAAUAGAGGUAUGCAGGAUGGAUCUGGAGAUUGA